AUGGACAUGAAGUUGAUCUUCGGUGUACUUGUCCUCGUGGCAAUAGCCGUUUCGGCACCAUUGGAUACAGAUAAAGACACAGAUUUAGAUUUGGAAUCACAUCUGAAUAAGCUGCUCAAUGCAGCUGCCGAUACUGGCGCCGGAGGCGGCCCUGCUGAUGCUGGAGCCGAGGAGGCAGCACCGGAAGCAGCUGAGAAGAGCUCAAAAUCUGGAGGUGGUGACGGCGGUCACGGCGGAGAUGCGGACGCUGGUGCUGGUAAAGACGGUGGAAAUGGAGGUGAUGGUGAUGCAGAUUCAGAUAGCUCUGAUAGCGACUCUGAUGAAGAAGACGAUGAUUCAAGCGAUUCUGGUGAUUCAAGCGACUCUGAUGAUGACUCAUCAGACUCAUCAGACUCAUCAGACUCCUCAGAUGGUGAUGAUGAUGACUCCUCAGAUUCUGGCUCAUCAGAUGACUCCUCAGAUUCUGGCUCUGAUUCUGAUUCUUCCUCUGAUUCAAGUGAUGAUGAAGACGGUUCAGAUGAUGGUUCUGAUGAUGGUUCUGAUUCAGGAGAUGAUGCUGACUCCGAUGAUGAUGAUGAUGAUGAUUCUAAUGAUUCCGAUGAUUCCGAUAACUCCGGCUCUAAUGGAGAGUCCGACUCCGACGGCUCAUCUUCCGAUGACGGUGAUGGUUCUGAUUCCGGUUCCGAUUCAGGUGAUGAUGCUGAUUCCGAUGAUGAUGAUGAUGACGAUUCUGAUGACUCCGAUGACUCCGAUGAUUCACAAGAUGAUGCUGAUGAAUCCGAUUCCGAUGAAUCUGGUGCUGCCGGUGCUGGCGGUAAUGGUGGUGAUGGUGAUUCCAGCUCUUCUGAUUCUGACUCCGACUCCGAUUCUGGAUCUGAUUCUGGUUCCGAUUCUGGUGACGGUGAUGAUGAUUCCGAUUCCGAUUCCGAUUCCGGCUCCGAUUCCGAUUCCGAUUCCGAUUCUUCAAGUGAUGAUGAAGACGGUUCAGAUGAUGGUUCUGAUGAAGGUUCUGAUUCAGGUGAUGAUGCUGACUCCGAUGAUGAUGAUGAUGAUGAUUCUAAUGAUUCCGAUGAUUCCGAUAACUCCGGCUCUAAUGGAGAGUCCGACUCCGACGGCUCAUCUUCCGAUGACGGUGAUGGUUCUGAUUCCGGUUCCGAUUCAGGUGAUGAUGCUGAUUCCGAUGAUGCUGAUGAUGAUGAUUCUGAUGACUCCGAUGACUCCGAUGAAUCUGAUGUUGAUGGCGAGUCCGAUUCCGAUGAAUCUGGUGCUGGCGGCAACGGAGGUGAUGGAGGUGAUGCUGAUGGUAGUUCCAGCUCUUCUGAUUCUGACUCCGACUCCGAUUCUGGUUCCGAUUCUGGUUCCGAUUCUGGUGACGGUGAUGAUGGUUCCGAUUCCGAUUCCGGCUCCGAUUCCGGCUCCGAUUCCGGCUCCGAUUCUGAUUCUUCCUCUGAUUCAAGUGAUAAUGAAGACGGUUCAGAUGAUGGUUCUGAUGAAGGUUCUGAUUCAGGAGAUGAUGCUGACUCCGCUGACGACGAUGAUGAUGAUUCUAAUGAUUCCGAUGAUUCCGAUAACUCCGGCUCUAAUGGAGAGUCCGACUCCGACGGCUCAUCUUCCGAUGACGGUGAUGGUUCUGAUUCUGGCUCCGAUUCAGGUGAUGAUGCUGAUUCCGAUGAUGAUGAUGAUGACGAUUCUGAUGACUCCGAUGACUCCGAUGAUUCAGAUGCUGAUGGCGAGUCCGAUUCUGAUGAAUCUGGUGCUGGCGGCAAAGGAGGUAAUGGUGGUGAUGGUGAUUCCAGCUCUUCUGACUCUGACUCUGACUCCGACUCCGACUCUGGCUCUGACUCCUCUGACGGUAGCGACGCCGAUGAUUCCUCUGAUGAUUCCUCUGACGAGGAUGAUGAUUCUUCUGAUUCUGACAGCGACUCAUCUAGUUCCUCUGGUGGUGACGCCGAUGAUUCCUCAGACUCAAGUUCUUCAGAAGAGGACGCAUAAAUCAAUUCUAGCAAAACUUGACAUUGGGUUAGAUUUGAAUACAUGGAGAACUUUUAUCGGUGUGUUCGCGUGAUGUGUGAAGAAAGACAAUCAAUACUAAGACAGAAAUUUCUCGGAAUGGAGACAUCAUAUCCUCCAAGGUAUCUUUCACAACUUACCGCGAAAUAAUUAAAUGUAAUGGUAUGAAUAUGUAUGAUUUUUAAUAUAGAUAUUUUUAAAACAGAAUUUUGGACAUCAUUAUUCACAACAUUAUCUAACGAUUCCAGAAAUCGGUAUGUGCCGUAUGUAACAACAGUGCCAGAGAUCAGGGGCUGUCCAUCCGUCAAAGUCUCUUUUAAGAAUCUAUAUAAGUAAUUCAUCAAUAUACGUUUUCUUGUUUUAUUUUAUUAAAACGUAUGUUAACGUACGUGUUUCCGUGUAGUUGUGAAAAUCCAAGUUUCCUUACAUGAAUUAUCUGAUUACCAACACAAAUUUAUUUAUUAACAUCUGACUGCCACCUCCAGGAUCGAUACCUUAGUUUUUUUCAAUGACAACGCAUUAAUUUAUCAAGUAUUAUUCAUGGUGUUGCUGUUUAUCAGUCCCAACGAUAACAUCAACAUCAUGCGUGGCUAUCAUCCCCACCUUCGGUGUUUUAUUUACUUUAAAGCACGGAACUGGGUGAGAAUAUGAUGGUCUUAACGGGCGAUGCUAAAUUUUGGUUGAUAUAUCGUUACGCUGCAAGAAAAUAUUUAUCUAAAUCAUUUUUUAAAAAUGCUAAUAGUAAUGAUAUUUGACAAACCAUUAAUUUACCCAUCAUCCUAAGAGAACUGAUGUUGCUGUUGUUGAAUAAAACAAA